CCGGCCGGGAAUUACUUAGUUUCUUUCAAUUGAACAAGCAACAUCCUCUCGUUACAUGAAAAUCGGCAAACUCGCAUCAAACGGCGAAACAACAAGAGACACAAAGAGAGAGAGAGAGAUAGACAGAGAGUUUUAUUAGUAAGGAAAGCGUUAAAACGUUAAAAGCAGCAGUACGCAAAGUAGCAAAGAGACGUGUUAAAAUCCACUUUUUUAACUAAAGCUCCAGUGACACUGCUGAAUGGGAAAAGAGAAACAAAAGUGUUUUUGUGCAAACGAAGUGAGUGUUUGAAAAUUCCGGCCCUGCCAUAAGUCAACCUGCAACACACACACACAAGCCCAAUUUUGGAAAGGAAAUGAGGAAACAUUGAUUUUUCCCAUUUUCUUCGCAUCCAAUUUUCAAAGUAAUAAUACGGGGCAUUUGCAGUUCAGCGGUUGACAGGUUCUCUGCUUCAUGUUUGACGUUUGUCAGGUACAGGGACACAACACGGUACAGCGGCGAAAGCGCAAGCGAAGUGGGCUGGAAAAAUCGUUGUGACACCCCCACAACCCAACCCGUGUGAAGGCGCAAGUGUGUAUUGUGCGUGCGUGUUCGAGGCAAAAAAAAAAUCGACGACGACGACACGAUCGAUCCAAGUGAUAAUCAAGUGCUGUGAAAUUACAAAUAAUACAUUUUAAUCAAGGAAGAAAAGUUAAGGUCCCAGAAAGUACAAGACACACACACACACGCGCGCUGCUAACUACAAGCAGAAGAGCAAAAGCUGAAAAGUUCAAAUAGCAUUACUAAGGCGAGAAAAAGGAGCAACAAAACACGAGAUUUUCGUGUUUUAUUUUUUUUUUCUGGUGUGUACGUACGCGUGUGUGUUGUUCCAUUGCAACCGUGAGUUUUGUGUGUGAAAAACCGACCACCAUCCCCUCCACCAGGCAAGGGUAAAUUUGGGGGUUUUCGCUGUUUUUAUUUAUGAGUGCGAAUUUGGCUGCAAUCGACGAACUGGUUGAAGAGUUUCUGAAAAUGGAACUCAUCUCCGUGCCGCCGUAUCCGGGCCAGCUGGGCUACCUGGGAUCGACCAAAGUGAACGAUUUCCGGACACCGUUGAUGCCAAUCCCGGCCAACAAUAGUAACAAAAAUUCUAAUCAAAGCCAACGCCAUCAGAGCCAGCCGCAGCAGCGCGAGCAGCAGCAGCAGCAGGCCGCCAGCCAGCAGCAGCAGCUACCAUCCAGUCAGCCGCUGCGCAGUCACCAUCACAACAACAGCAGCAGCCAUCACCACCAUCACCAUCACUACCACCACCAUCAUCACCAGCAGCAGCUGCAGCGGGAGCGGGAGGCGAAGCAGCAGCAGCGAGAGCUGGAACAGCAGCAGCAGCAGCAGCAACAGUUGCUGCAGCAGCAGCAGCAGCGUCAGCAGCAACUGCAGCAGCAGCAGCAGCAGCAGCAGCAGCAGCAGUACUACAGCGAGAACCAGUACCCGCUGGAGCCGGCGACGAUAGCGCUGACCGCCUCGCCGCACGAGGAUGCCCUCCAGAAGCUGACCCAGCGGCUCGAGAGCGAGCUGCGCAUCGCCAAGCGGCAGCAUCUGGCCUGCACCGAGGUGCUGCUGCCGGCCGACCUGCUGCCCCGGAUAUCGGCCGAGAUGUUCGAGCAGUCGGAGAAGGAACCGUGCGGCAUCCGCGGCUGCACGAUCUACAUCGAGUUCGAGGACGAGCCAGACAACACACGGCGGAUUGCGACGAUGAAGACCGAUCCGAACACCGUGUCGACGUUCGAGCUGUACCUUACGCUCAAACAGGACCGAAGGGGAUGGACCUCGAUUUUGCCACAAUUUUUGAAAAAUUUGGCACGUGGCAGUACAAUCAUGAUCAGCCCGGAGUUCCGGCUGACCAAGAACAAGCUCUACCAUGCGUACGCCGACUAAAGGGGCCCGAGGGGCAAACUUAUCAUUGCCCCCCCCCCCCUCUCCGCCCCCCCUCACCCCUUUUCCCCUUUACUUCUCCCACCCUUAUUGCCUUCGAAUCCCGGUUUUGUGUGUUGCAAGCGCAAAUUGGGACAGGGCAUACAACUGAACAAACCUACAACAACAAUGUGUGUUUCUCAUCACACCCCACCCCACCGCGCGUGUGUGUGCACAUCAACAUCACACGAGCACACCCCCCACCCCCCCGUUUGGCGGACCUGUCGCAGUAGCAGCGGCUGACCAUUUUGUAUUCCAAGAGGAGGAAGUAAACUACACGACCCACCCACCGCGGUCGACCCACCCCACCACCAAGAGCGCGCGCGCGCGCGCGCUGCCAGCAAUUAUCGCAAAAAAAAGUGAAAUAAUGUGCAUUUGUGUGUAAUGUAUAUGUGUGCAAAAUUGUGCAACGAAGAAGAAGCAAGCAAAGGAAAGAGGAAAAAGCAAAGAAUAAGUAUGCGUAGUGCAAUCUGUGAUUUUUCUCUGCGCACAGCAGCAUAAGCGUCGUAAAUGUGUGUGUGUGUGUGUUUGUGUGGAACGAUUUGCUUGAUUUGAAAUCAUCUCCUCCACCCGACAGCAUAACAAGCAACGCACACACACACACACACAAACCCCCCCCCCCUUCGAACUGUGAUUAUGUGAUUAUGAUAUGCGCUCGAAUCGAAUUGUUUUGUUUGUGAAUGAAGAAGAAUACGAAGCAGAAGAAAGCCAAAAUGCCAUCGAAAGGAAGCCGAGGAAAGGAAGUUCUCUUGGGAGAGCGCGAAGCAAGUUUGGAAGCAACGUGUGGUUUUGCAAUGUGGACUGUUUCUGGCGGCCCAUCGCGUGUGGCUCCCCGUGGUCGUGGUGGUGGUGGUCGUGUGGUAGUGGUGGUGGUAGUGGAGCCUGCAACGUCUUCAAAUCAAUUGGUGGAGAAGAAGAGCACGGGCAGCAACUAACUCUCUCUCUCUCUCUGCAUCGUUAAUCAUCAUCGUAGUCGUCACCAUCAUCGCCUCCCCUCCCCACGUCGUCGCAAAUGGUCGGCGUGGGCAACCCUCGUCGGCUCGAAGGAUACUCCCCCAUCGGCAGCAGCAGCUGAGCAGAGAGGGGGAGGAGGUUGGGGGCGGUGAUCUGCGUUCUUCAAAUCAUCCUGUGAUCGUCCCUCCGUUUUUGUUUCCCCCCUCUCCGUUUGGACAAACCCCCGGCUCAUUGUCGCCAUUGUCGUACGCAGCAUGGGAGCUGCGAGCACAGGAGCCAGGCAGGUGUGUUUGAUGUGGUGGCGCGGUGGACCUCGGUGGAGACCCCCCCUCCCAGCCAGACCACCCGGACAUGUGGCCCGGUGAGUGAGUGUGCGGAACUUGUUUUUUUUUUUUACAAUUACAAUUAGGCAGAGCAAAACAAAGCCGGUGUAGGAUGCAGAGCAAAGCAGAAACGGAUUUUCAAGCGUAUUUUUCUUCCCUCCAACCGGUGCUCGCAUGCUCGCGUGCCGAUUCCAAUCUUUCGUACCAGAGAGAUACUAGUGAGGAGGUCACGUCGAGAGAGAGAGAAAAAGCAGCGAGUAAAAAGGAAAUGGAAGAAAAACACGGUUGAAAAAGAAUACAAACAAAUUACACUCUAGAAUACGUUUAUAUAGGAAAGCCCCUGUCUAUCAACCCUUUCCCGCACACACACACACGUACACACACACACGUGUGCGCGUAUUACUAUUGCAAGAUGCAAACGAUUGGUAUGCAUCGCCGCAAAAAACAAAAACGAAACGAAAAUCGAUUUUCGAACGAACGCAUCAAAUCAACUACUUUUUAAGUAUUUUAUAAAUAUUUAAAAUGAAGGCAAUCCAAUAACAAAACGUGUGUGUGUGAAUGUGGAAAAAAGGGGGGGACAGGGUGGAAAAGGCUCGGUUUAAAAACCAGAAAUGGAAGAAAAGAGAAGAAGCAGUAACAACAACAACAAAAAAAACCCCCAAGUGAUGUUUAGUGUGUGUAAGAGCAAAAGCUAAGCAAAAGCAUAAAACGUAAACAAACACAAGCAAAGCUGAAAUGCUAUAAGUAUAUGAACAAAGCAACGGUGUAAAAGUAAAAGGAAAAAAGGGAUUUAAGUUCAAAACAGCAGCGCCGCAGGAGAAGGAGAUGAAAAGAGCAAACACAGCAAAACACUAAACUCACACGAGCAGCAAAAAAAAAAAAACACCACACAAUCACAGACACGUGAAUGAUUUGCAAUACUAAAGCUUAAUUAACAUUGAUAAUAGUAGCAACCGGGUGAGGAGAAAAUAGUUUUCUUUAAGCCCCACCGCGCGCACUCAAAAUUCGAAGCAGGAAGUGCAUUGAACACACGCCCGCGUACACAGCGCUGGCACUUCCCAUCAAUCCACUUUGGUGAAAAAACUAAACAAAAACAGCAGGAAGAAGGAUAUUGUUGGUCACGCACACUUUGGAAGGGAGUGGAACGACCCACCCACCACAACAAUACACCGGACGAUCGACGAUCGACUAGCACCGUUUGCGGGGAGGAGAAAAUGGUUCGGCUUUUUGCCUUACCUUUUUCGCUGGUUUUGGUAUAGAAUUUUCCCCCAUUUGUUUACCUAUGGCACGGUUUAGUUUUUUGUUGUAAUUUUUUUUCUCUCUUUUGAAUAAGAUUUUUAAGCGAUGUCCAUUGCUUUUCCUUGUGUGGUCACGUUUGUUGCCACUUCUUUUACUUCGUGUUUGCUGUUUUUAUCAGUAAGCUUUGCAUUUGUUGUUUUUUUUUUUAAUAUUAUUUAUGGAAUAGCAAUUGCGCUUAGCCAUAUCGAAAUUAUGGUUAAAAUGCGUUCUUCUUUCCCGUCGUCUCUUUCUACUACCUUGUUUGCGUGUACUGUAUUGUACUGUAACACAAUUUGAACUGUGUCCGCCAGUUGCCCUUUUCUCCCGGACGAAUCGUAACAUUUUCGAUGAAGUAUUUAAGCGCACCGUCAAAUAUUAAAUUGAAUUACCUGUAAUUCAUUAUCUAAUAAUGUUCGCUACUUUUUAAUCUAUUUUUUUUUUGCUGUAAUUUUCGUUAUUGUUGUUGUGAACUCAUUUGCGUUCCCUUCCAAAUAUUUAUUUGUGUGUGCUGCGAUGCUAAUGUUGUAGCUUCCUUUUUUUUUUUAAUGGUGGAUUUCAAACGGAGGCCAAAGGCGUGCGUGCGUGUGUAUGUGUUUCAAUGCUAUUGUUUCUGGUUGGGUGCAAAAACAAACAAAAAACCGCCUUCCUUUUAACUGUGCGCAAAAUCCGCAGCUCUUCUCCGAUUCUUGUGAACCGAUCAAUUGUGAUGAUUUCCUAGUGAUUUUCCAAUUUUCCUCUUUACGUAGUACGUGUGUGUGUGUGCGAAAAAGCGGUUCCCCCCAUACACAAUGUGUAGCAAAAGGGGUGGGGUAGCACUCCAUUAUUUCGCCUUUCGAUUUUGCGAUCGGAGAAACAGAACUGUGGUGUGGCAGGCGCCAAAAAAAGAACAAAAAUACACACAAACUAGGAGUUUCAGGGCAGCGCGUGAGAGGAGAAAAGCAAGUUUGUUAAUUUUUUUUUAAAUAUAUAUUGUAGGCAUGUACAAAAAAAACAAAGCAAAACAAAUUCAAAUGCAUAUGUUUGUUCUUUGUUUUUGUGUCUAAAUUUUUUCAACAUAAUUAUUCUCGCCCCGUUUUUUUUUUUUUGAAAUUUCUUGCAUUACCGUGUGGACAUUCAGUUCUCACAUACAAAUACAAUUACACACACACACACACGAGCAACACAUAUGGGUAGAAAGAGGGAGAGGUGAAAAAAAAGCAAGAGGAAAAGGGGUGCAGAAGUGUGUUCGGUGCAUGGUUUUAGGAUUUUCAAAUUUUUUACAAACACAAACAAAUUAAGCGAACGAAUUAAUUCUCGUAAGAGCGUGGAGAAGCAUUGAUGAAUGGUGGGGAGAGAGAGAGAGAGAGAGAGAGAGAGAGAGAGAGAGAGAGAGAGAGAGAGAGAGAGAGAGAGAGAGAGAGAGAGAGAGAGAGAGAGGUUCGUUUAUAAUAUGAUAGCAAACUUACAGUUUUUCGUUUAUCUCUUGUGAUUGAUGGAAUACAAAAUAGGAAAGAGAGGAGAGAGGGGCGAGGAGGGUGUAGGCGGGAGCGAGAUGGAGAGAAGUGUGAUUGCGCAUUUUCAUUCAUUCAUGAUACAAAUUAAGGAAACGCGGGGAGAGCAAGAAAAGCGUAGCAUUAACGUACUACUAUCGAAUACACACAAAUUACAAAUGAAAGUGAAAAUAGAAGAAGAAGGAGAGAGAGAGAGAGAGAGAGAGAGAGAGAGAGAGAGAGAGAGCGAGAGGAAGCAAAAUAAUCGUAGCGUAACGAGAUGGGAAGAGGAGGAGGCACGAGAAAAGAGAACAAAAAGAGAACGGUGGCAAGACACGUUGCGUGCGCGAUACAAACUAAUUUUAAGGGCCAAAAUGAGAUAUGGAAGAUUGGAUGAUGAGUAAGUGUGUUUGUGAAGCUCAUGUUUUUUUUCUAUUUCGACUCUUAUCUGUCUUUCGAACCCCCUCCCGCACCUUCUUUGGUGUUGUAUCUGCUUGUUUUGGCAAAAUAUUAUUCAUAUUUUAAACAUCCUCAAAUUUCUUGGGGAUUUCCCCCCCCCCCAAUUUUUGGCACCAAUUUUUAACCCCCUCCGCAGUCGGCAUCUCAUGUGCCGUGUAUUAGUAUUUUGUGUUGUGUUUGUUUUGUUUUUUGAAGGGAAAAAAAUGCAUUUUCGUACAUGAAAAUGUGUCUCUGUUGGUACAAAAAAAAAAAACAAACUGUUGUUUCAUCCAGUAAUGAAAUGCAUAAAAACAAAACAAACGCAAUUGCCUAGUUUUUUCGAACAAUUCGGAAUACAAUUCGGACCUUGUAUAGUUCCUACCUGCCUCCCCACACCACCACCACCACCACCACCGCUCCCCGAGGUUUGUUUCCCCGAGAUCGAGAAAGCAAGACGGGAUGGGGCAGCAGAACAAACCGGUUUGGUGGUAAGGAAAGGAAACAUAAACGACACAAAAUCAAAACUUUCGCUGAAAAACGAAAAACCAAAAGGGGAAAAUGAGAACUGCGUGUUAAAAAUUGGAAGUGUAAAAAAAAUGGUGGGAAAAAGAGAAAAGCAAAGAAAAGAAAAGAAAAAAAAAGCAUUAAAAUUAACAAAAAGCGAAGCAGAAAAAUGGAACAAAAUUAAUGAUAAACAGAUUUAAAACAAGAAAAAAAAUUAAGUGCAUGGUACACAGAAACUAACAUGAUAAGCAACACACAAACACAUACAAGCAGAGAGAGAGAGAGAGUAGGAGAGAGGGAGAGCGAAGUAGGGCAGGAGAUGGAAAUGCAAAUAGGUGGAUAAGCCAGUGGAAGUCAGGAAAAGCCGAUAAUAAAGCAUUUGUGAGUAAAGGGAUGGAAAGGAGAGCAAGCAGUGUAGGAUGAAGACACAAAAAACACAUUACACAGUAAACCCAUACACACAUAGUAACACACGCAACACGAGCACACAUUGAAAACAGUCAAAAACACACAAACAAACACACACACAUACACAAACUAUACACGCAACGUGUACCGAUUCCUUAACUGACGAGGUCGCUCUUUUCCUCCUGUUCGUUUGUUUUUGAAACAAGAAAACAAAUCAUUGAUCUUAAGCUUAAGCAUUGAAAGGAAGAUAUUUUUUGAAAAUGUUUUUCCUUCCUUCUCUUUUGUCUAAAACAAAAGCAAAACAACAUUACACACAGUGGUGUUCCCGGUUUUGUCUCUUUGUAUAAAUUAUUCGAGCGCCGUGCGUUAAUACAAAAACAGUACGAAAAGAAAAAAAAAAUACUAAUAGCAGCGCCGCAGCAAACGAAAACAAAAGUUUAUAAUUUAAAGAGACAAACAAACACACACAGACACACAAGCAAGUUAAGAUAAGAGCGGAGAUAACAUGUGAAUACAACACAGAGCGAAAAGGAGAAAAUGGAGUAAGCGAAUAAGCAAGAUAAUUUGUGAGCGCGCGCGUACCGGUUGCGCACCGGGCGAGCCGAGAGGAAAAGAAUUGCAGGAGAAAAAACGGGAAAACGGGACGUAUUUCCCCCUCUCCCCUCCCAAGCAACCCGCUCACCCCCACCCCAUUACAGUCGUGUGCGUGAAGAAAAGGGAGCAUAAAAUGUGAAAAAGGAGAAAAGAAGGAAAGGAUAAAAAACCGUUUCAUUUGUGAUAUUUGAAUUUACGAAUUAAGGAUACAAAAUAUCUUUCUCCUUUUUUUUAUUAUUAUAAUUACCUUUUACUACCUACUACACCUAACGCUACCUUUACCGCUACUCUAUUAUUAUUAUUAUAAUUUGUUUUUAACUUAUGUGUAGUGAAACCCCCUAUUUUCCCGUUUUCUUCUGCAAGUUCUUUUCUGUGUUUUUUUUUUAUUAUUUGUGAUCUCACUGUCUUUUGUUUUUAAGACAUCCAAUUUAGUCUGUAGAAGUUGUUUUUUUGAAGAAAAAAUAAAAUACCACAUGGAAAAAAAUGUGCAAAAUAACAAACAUACUUUACUUUUGUUUUUUUUUCUUUCAUUUCUUUUAUUAUUUCUUAUCUAUAUAUUUCACUCUUCGUCGUCGCCGUGCACCGAAAUAUGUUUCCAUCCAGUUCUGUUGUUCUUCUCCUGGUUUGAUUUGUUUUUCUUUCCACCUUUUGUUUUCGCUUUGUGUUUUUCGGUUUGUUGUUUCUGGGUUGUGUUUCUUCGGUGGUGUUUCGAUCUUGGUUGUUAUUUCUUUCUUUCUUUCUGCUCUCUAUUUAUUCAGUUCGGUUUUCUGCGCUUCGGGACGUUGCAUUUUCUGUUUUGCGGUUUAUACAUCUUCAAUUAUCACACUCAGCACCGAAAGAACGCAAUGCAAACGAAUAUCAAAAACAAACUACAAAAAUAAGAAAAAUAAAAACGCUGUGCAAGAAGAAAAUAUCAAUUAGCCCAAAGUGCGCGUGCACCUUCUCACAAGCCUCGGUUACUGUUCAGCCACACCUGCACCCGCGGAUAAAUAGUAAAACCGAAAAGCCAAUACCGUAAACCAAGCUCAAUAUUUUGCAUUUUGUCCAUCGACCCAGGCUCGGGAGCCGCAACAGCUCGCGUUAGUGUAAUAAACGGGCAGUUAAUGUCAGUAAAUGGAUACAAUUAGCAGUCGAUUGUUUAAUGCAUUGGCAGGUCUAAAACAAAUCUACACAAACACAAUUUACCCCAAACACGAUGGAAAUAAAGAGAACUACACUGAAAAGUACACACGGCAACACAACACACACACACCAUUAUUCAGAUUGCAUUUGCUUCGGAGUCGUCUGAGGAGGCGCGAAGAGGAAAACUCACAAUUGUUUGUUAUUGAUUGAGAAUUGAGAAGAGAAUAAAAAAAAAAAAACAAAUAAACAAACAAACCACAAAACCACGUGACGAAUCAAUCGAUCGAAAAUCCAACCGAAAAUGGAACACUAAAGAAGAGAAAAGAUAAUUAUCCAAAAAAUAAUCAAACAAAAAGAAAACCUACCAAAAAAAAAACAAACAAACAAACAAAGUAUAUGUAUGUGUCUGUAGUAGUUAUUAACAAAUUAAUCAAUAACACAAAACAAACGAAAUCGUGACAAAAAGCAAAAUAAAAUUAUGAAACAACACAAAAACAAACAAACAAACAAACAUAUUUUACAAAAGCUAUGAAAAAAAAAACACUUUUCCCCAAUUCUAACCGUUUUGUCCACCGAAUGUGGGGCCGCUCAUCGAUAACUCAAGAUGAUACGAUGAGCUCUACUGGUCCACUGGACCAAAGAAGCAGACAGAUGAACUGAGUGCUGUGUGUGCGUGUUUGAAUAGGAGAAGAGCGAUGGUUCGUUUUGUCGUUUUCUUCACAUUGUCCGAGCCUUAUUAACUGUGCGGUGUUCUAUAGAUGUUUGGAAGUGAGGGUUAGACGAAAGCAAGAGGAAGCGAGAGUCAUGGAGAGUGAAAGAGGGUGGUAGAUCAUUCUCUUUCAGGCAGUGGAAAAAUUGCCUCCCCCCAUUUGCGGGAAGCUGAGCUGAAACGACAAAGAUGGAAGAUUUAAACGAAAUCCCACCAAAAAAAAAACAUUUAACAAAACUCUUAUCCACCACACACCUUGUGUUGGUGAGGGUGAGUAGUGUCGGUGUUUGUAAAUGCUUCUCUCUACCCCGUUUCGCUUUUCUGUCUACCCACCCCUAUUCACCUGGGACACUAGGCAAACUGUGAACCAUCCUUGCUUUCCUGAGGAUCUGGCCUGGUACUUCGGUGCCUCCUAGCCAGGCGAGAGAAAUUCGGUUUGUGUGCUCAUACUGAAGUCUGAAACAAAAAAAGAUUGAGAAGCCAUUAAAAAUCAACCCACACGGCGGGUGACACGCACGGCUCUAGCACGGUGGAAGACAAAGAGCAGAAAGUAUGAACUUGAUAAAACAAGCGGUUAGAGGCGAGGAAGAGACAAAGCAAAAAAAAAGAAGAAGGGAAGCAGAAAAACAAAAUAAAAGUACUGUGUGUGUGUUUUUUCUAUAUUUAUAUAAUAUACAUAAAAAUAUAUAUAUAUAUACACAUAUGUCGAACGGUAAAGGAGGUAUGAAAUAUUAAUCGAGAAAACAAAAGCAAAAAAAAAACAACAAAAAAAGAAAAGCGAAACAAAACCGUCAGCAACAAAAGAAGUAAGGAAGGACGAAAAAGAAAAAGUGAACAAAAAAAAAAACAAACAAACAAACAAUACACAACAAACUAGGAUUUUCAAAUUUGAUAAACUAUUGAUAAUAAAUGACAAACUCGACAAAUUUUUACACACACACACACACACACACACACACACACACACACACACACACACACACACACAAGCAGACGCAGAAAUUAACAAAACAAGCAAGGAAACGAAAUACGAAACCCAAUACACAACAGCAUACGUCAUACACAGGGAGGAUGUGCUGGUGGAAAUGCAUCCAGCCCAGCAAGGAAACCAUAACAAAACAAAACCAGAGUACAGUAGCGCGUGUUUGCUUUCCGCACCACGAACUUUAUCACGCUGUUUGUAUUUUUGUUUUUAACGAAUGCCAAUUAGUCAUUUGUUUCCUGCUUAAUGAUGUGCAUUUAUUCAAUGCAGUCCUUUUUUCGCUGUUCUCCAGUAUGAGAAGAAUAUAUUCAAUAUUUUCAUAUUUUUAUUCGUUUUCAAAUGAUACAAUUUCUCUAUAAUUCAGUUUUCCUUUAAUAUAAACCAUGCUCUCAUGCUAUUUUAUUUUUAAUUUACAUUCCUUGUUAGUUUGUCAGAGAUGUCACUCAUCGGACUUGUUGCUUUGAACGCAUGAGCAAACUAACCACUCCUUGUUUAUUUCACACAAAACACUAGUAAACACUAUACUAAAGAAGAAAACGAUAAUACAAUCCAUAUCCCGAGAGUAAAACCAGCAGCAAACAAAACAAGAAACAAACAAACAAACGAACAAAAGUAGUAGAAUGAAUAUAAAAUUAUUAACCUUAACAAAACAAAAACUCUACAAAAAAAAAAAACACAAAACGGCUUCAGUCGAUUAACGUCGGCGGUGAAGAAGAAGAGAGCAGCGAAACACAGUGCAAGUUUAAUGGAUAGUAGUCGAACCUUAGGGGAUAGAGCGCGUGCGUUUGACAAGUGAAUGUUUAGAAUGCAGGCCCAGCGAAGGAGGAAGUGGCAGAGAGUGGCAGGCAAAA